CCCGAAAGCGAGAAAAGUAGGGAUCGAAGGCGGGGGGUUAUUUGAGCCCCUUGCUGCCUUGCUGCUUGCCGCUCUUUCUGGGUCAGCACAUUGUGGAGACGCAGAAGAGUACCAGUAUUCUAGUGAAUCUUCAUGACGACGGUGCUACGCUGAUCAUCCUCCUUGUCGUCCGAUCCACCAUCAAACACAUCACGACAAAGUCCGCAAGGCCCUCUUUCUACAGUCGCCCAUCCAAACGCUUCCGAAAAUGCACGCUACGACACUUCGCCAGUCGGCCUCUUACAUUGUCGCUGCCAAGCGAACGCCGUUCGGCGCUUUCGGCGGCAAGCUUUCGUCGCUCACAGCCGCACAAUUGGGAGGACACGCUUCCAAAGCAGCCUUGAGCCAAUUGCCUGAAGGCACACCGAUCGACGCUACCAUUUUCGGCAAUGUGCACGCUUCCGACAACUCUGCUGCUUACUUGGCCAGACACGUUGGUCACCAUGCUGGUCUGCCAGUCACUGUGCCCGCACUCACGGUCAACCGUCUUUGCGGAUCUGGCUUCCAGAGCAUCAUCAAUGCCGUGCAGGAAGUCAACAGCGGUGACUCCAACAUCGUCCUCACGGGUGGAACGGAGAGUAUGAGUCUCGCUCCUUACACACUCCACGGCGUUCGAUUUGGAGGCGGCAAGUACGGAGUGGACCUCAAGCUCGUCGACUCUCUUGCUGCUGCUCUUACCGACAUGGUUCCUCAGCCUACUCCCAUGGGCAUCACCGCCGAGAAUCUUGCAAACAAGUACGGCAUUACGCGCGAGCAGUGCGACCAAUUCGCUCUGCAGAGUCAGCAACGCUGGCAAGCCGCUCAAGAGGCCGGCGCAUUCAAGGACGAGAUUGUUCCUGUGGAGGUCAAGGUCAAGCGUGCGACAGAGACAUUCAGCGUGGAUGAGCACCCCAGGGGAAAGACGACGAUCGAGUCUCUGGCCAAGCUCCCGUCCGUCUUCAAGAAGGACGGAACAGUGACGGCGGGCAACGCGAGCGGUAUCUGCGAUGGAGCCGCCGCCAAUGUUGUCGCUAGCGAGGAGGCCAUCAAGCAACACAACCUCAAGCCUUUGGCCAGAAUUGUCUCUUACGGUGUCACCGCUUGCGAGCCUAGCAUCAUGGGUAUCGGGCCUGUCGAGGCUAUCAAGAUUGCCCUUCAACGCGGCGGCAAGACCCUCGGAGAGAUUGAUGGACCAAUCGAGGUCAACGAAGCCUUUGCGGCUCAAUUCCUGUCUGUGCAAAAGGAGCUCGAGCUUCCCAAUGAGCAGACCAAUCAAUUCGGAGGUGCCAUCGCCCUCGGACAUCCGCUUGGAGCUUCUGGAGCUAGAAUCAUCAACAACUUGGUGUACAAUGGAAAGAGGCUCAACAAAAAGUACGCACUUGGUGCGGCUUGCAUUGGCGGUGGUCAAGGUAUCGCCAUCCUCCUCGAGAUCUUAUGAUCGCCCACAUCUCCCGGCGCAGACGCCCGCACAAUGUACGCACGAUCAUCGCGCCAAAAUUAUUGACUAGAAAGAGGAGCUUUGCAUCGAGGGGAUCGCAAUCGAAUCUUGUGUCGACUGAAAGCAGGACUGCGUAAUCUAUCAUUCGAUCUUGUGCAGUAACAUUCCGACCUCGUCCACAUCCAUCAGAGCAUUAUCGCCCUCCAAAUGCGCACUAGAUUGAGGUUGACCGGUGCUGAAGAUUUCCGAUCCUGAAGCGAGUGCAUCGAUGAGCAGAGGCAACCUCGAGCCGCCAAGACUUUCGGAAAGGGAAGGAUCUCUCU